UCAAAAAACACGAUUCAAACUAUAGGAUAUUUGGAAGUACUUUGUUCAUAUUUUUUCCAUUCACUAUGACAUUCAAAUAGAAUUUCGACGCUCUUAUAACUCCAAACUAACUGCUGACUUCAAGGUUUUUGAUCAAAGAUGGCUGAUUCUACGGUUUGAGUGGUUGAGUGAAUCGGACGUUGGAGGACGUACUUCAUUCUCUUUUCGUUGACAUUUGAAAUACAAUGGGAGAUUCCGACGAUGAUAAUGACAAGGAUUUCGACGGUGGUAUGAAUAUGACCGGCUUUUUGUUCGGUAAUAUCGACGACAAUGGCCAACUGGAGGAUGACAUUCUCGACGAUGAUGCCAAACAACAUUUGGCGUCGCUUAGCAUUAGUAGACUCGGAUUAAGCACUCUUCUUCAUGAAAUGAUUGCCGAGAGCGAAGACAAAAAAGAAGAAAACUCUGAGAACCCGGAUCAAGAGACCAAUGGUGAAACUCUCAAUGAAAAUGACAAUGAUGUCAACUAUCAAAAUAAAUCACCAACUGCCCUUGAUUUCUCAGACAUAAAUGAGUUGGCAGAAGAUGUCAAUGAAGACAAUGCAAAAGAGAAUGUUGGUAAAAAAAAUGAAAAAGAAAGUGCCGGUUAUGAAGCAGAUGACGAAGAAGUCGUAAAUAAAUCAGAUACGCAACUGAUGCCACCUCCACCCAUUCCUGAAGAGAAAGAGCCGAUAACUCCAGAAGAGGCAGAAGCAGCACGCCAAAGAAAAUUAGAAACGCCUCUGGCAUCUAUGCUCCCAUCGAAAUAUGCAAAUAUCGACGUUACCGAAUUAUUCCCUGAUUUUCGGGCGAAUAAAGUUCUCAGAUUUUCGCGUUUAUUUGGUCCUGGAAAACCUAGUAGUUUGCCAGAAAUUUGGAGAGGCGUUAAGAGACGUAGGAAAAAGAAACGUCACCACGAAACCAGAGAUUCUGACUCAGGUUCUGAUCACGACGAUCGAAAACCCAAAUUCAAGGGUUGGGCAUUGCAAUAUGGGCCAGAUCCGAAACCAGAACAAUGUGUGUCGGACGAUGAGGCUAAACUUCUGAUGCCCAUGGAGGAUAAAGAGCAAGCUGGUAAAAGUGGUGAAACUGGUGAGAAUGGUGAUAUGGGACCAAAAGUAGCGGACUGGCGUUUCGGUCCUGCACAGAUAUGGUACGACAUGCUCGAAGUUCCGGAAACUGGAGAUGGUUUUAAUUAUGGUUUCAAAUUGUGUGAAAAGCCGGCUGAUGAGAAAGAAGCAAAACCAGCGGAUUCUGAAGAAUUUGCAGACGAUGCUUUCCUUAUGGUCUCACAGUUGCAUUGGGAGGAUGAUGUUGUAUGGAACGGAGAUGAAAUAAAACACAAAGUGAUGCAAAAAUUAAACAGUAAAAAUAAUGCUGCGGGCUGGGUUCCAUCGAGCGGUAAUAGAACAGCGCAAGCUUUCAGUCAACCAGGCAAAGGUGCGCCCGUCCCGGUGGCACCGAACGUUAGAUUAGCUACGUCCCAAAUUUCAACGCCUUUACACAUGCAGUCACAGAAAAAUAAAAUGGCUGGAAGGGGGAACCAGCAGCAACAACGGGAAGAUAAUUACGACGACACAUGGUAUUCGAUAUUUCCGGUUGAGAACGAAGAGCUCGUGUACGGUCUUUGGGAGGAAGAAGUCAUUUGGGAUGCGGAAAAUAUGAAAAAAAUUCCGAAGCCGAAGAUUCUUACUCUCGAUCCAAACGAUGAAAAUAUCGUGCUCGGUAUCCCGGACGACAUUGAUCCCGCGCUCCUUCAUAAAGAAAACGGACCACAACCCAAAGUCAAAAUUCCUCAUCCUCACGUGAAGAAGAGCAAAUUACUUCUUGGCAAAGCCGGGGUUAUUAAUGUUCUGGAAGAAGAUACUCCACCUCCACCGCCCAAAUCACCCGACAGAGAUCCUUUUAAUAUUUCUAACGACACAUAUUACAUGCCGCGUUCUUCAGAAACGACACUACGUCUGAAAGUCGGUGGAGGAAAUCUCAUACAGCACAGUACACCGGUCGUUGAAUUGCGCGCUCCAUUUGUUCAAACUCACAUGGGACCAAUGAGACUAAGAAAUUUCCAUCGGCCACCGUUGAGAAAGUUCGCUCAUGGACCUCUGGCUCAUCCAAUUCCUCACAGUGUUUUGCCUCUUCUGAAACAAAUAAAAAAGAAGGCCAAGCAACGUGAGCAAGAAAGAAUAGCGUCCGGUGGUGGUGACGUUUUUUUCAUGCGAACUGCCGACGAUCUGACUGGACGUGACGGAGAGCUCGUGCUGGUCGAAUUUUCAGAAGAGCAUCCACCGUUGAUGAAUCAAGUGGGCAUGUGUUCGAAAGUAAAGAAUUACUACAAAAGGAAAGCGGGAAAAGAUCAGGGACCCCACAAAUACAAAUAUGGUGAGACAGCUUACGCUCACACAAGUCCGUUCCUCGGGAUUCUUACUCCUGGGCAAAGCAUUCAGGCUAUUGAAAAUAAUAUGUACAGAACUCCUAUUUAUGAGCACAAAGUGCCGGAAACUGAUUUCCUCGUGAUACGAACAAGGCAACAAUAUUUCAUUCGUGAAGUUGAUGCCGUCUUCAUUGCUGGUCAGGAGUGUCCACUGUAUGAAGUUCCUGGCCCGAACUCGAAGAGAGCCAACAACUUUGUUCGAGAUUUUCUUCAAGUUUUCAUUUAUCGUUUGUUCUGGAAAUCUCGUGAUUUACCGCGUAGAAUAAAAAUGGAUGAUAUUAAAAAAGCAUUUCCGUCGCACAGUGAAAGCAGCAUUAGGAAACGGUUAAAACUUUGUGCGGAUUUUAAGCGAACAGGAAUGGAUUCGAACUGGUGGGUCAUAAAGCCGGACUUUAGAUUGCCAAGUGAAGAAGAAAUAAGAGCGAUGGUAUCGCCGGAACAAUGUUGCGCAUAUUUCAGUAUGGUAGCAGCCGAGCAACGCUUGAAAGACGCAGGUUAUGGCGAAAAAUUCUUAUUUACGCCUCAGGACGAUGACGACGAAGAAAUGCAAUUGAAGAUGGACGACGAGGUUAAAGUGGCCCCGUGGAACACGACACGUGCCUACAUUCAAGCGAUGAAGGGAAAGUGUCUCUUGCAAUUGGCAGGACCGGCAGAUCCGACCGGAUGUGGGGAGGGUUUUUCGUACGUGCGUGUACCGAACAAGCCUACGAUAAGUAAAGAAGAACAAGAAGCUCAGCCAAAGAGAACGGUGACGGGAACCGACGCCGAUCUGCGAAGAUUAUCGUUGAACAACGCGAAGGCAUUGUUGCGUAAAUUUGGUGUACCUGAGGAGGAAAUAAAGAAAUUAUCGCGUUGGGAAGUAAUAGAUGUAGUGAGAACACUCUCGACAGAAAAGGCAAAGGCUGGCGAGGAAGGCAUGACGAAAUUUUCUCGCGGAAACAGAUUCUCCAUUGCCGAGCAUCAGGAGAGAUACAAGGAAGAAUGUCAGAGAAUAUUUGAUCUGCAAAAUCGAGUUUUAUCGUCCCACGAAGUUCUGAGUACCGACGAGGGCGAAAGCUCGGAGGAAGACAGCUCUGACAUUGAGGAAAUGGGAAAAAACAUCGAAAACAUGCUGUCCAACAAAAAAACGAGUACGCAAUUGUCGCUCGAGCGAGAGGAGCAGCAGCGUCACGAGUUGAGAAAAAUGCUUAUGGGUGAGGCCCAAGAACAGGACAAAAAAGUGAAAGAUAAGAAGAAAGAGGAUGACGAAGAUAGCCCAAUAAAUAAUUUCGGAUCCCAGCAAGGCAGGGUUCUCAAGAUUUAUCGUACUUAUCGCGAUUCUGAAGGGAAGGAAUACACGAGAGUCGAACUCGUUCGUAAACCUGCGGUUAUCGAUACGUAUAUUAAAAUACGAAAUUCGAAGGACGAAACAUUUAUCAAACAAUUCGCGACCUUGGACGAGGCACAGAAGGAAGAAAUGAAGAGGGAAAAACGUCGCAUACAGGAACAACUUCGUAGAAUAAAACGUAAUCAGGAGCGUGAAAAAACUCAGGGCGGGUCGUCCGGUGCCAACUUGAAUUCGACGGCGAGUGUCUUCGAUCGCAGUAACACCAAUACCCCGACCGCAACCUCUUCCACCAGUAUCCUUCCGUUCGGUAAUUUCCAAUCUUCUUCCAUAACUCCUAAGCAUCCUAAAAAUGAAGUUUCCCCAUCCAAACGUAAAAAACCUAAACUCAAGCCAGAUCUUAAACUGAAAUGCGGCGCUUGCGGCAACGUCGGUCACAUGAGAACCAACAAAGCUUGUCCAUUGUAUCAAACUGGUAUGACCUCUGCUCCGGUAAGUGUUGCCGCUAAUGAGGAACAGGAGGAGGAAGUCGAGAAAGAAAAUCUCACCACUGAUGAUCAGGAUCUCGUCAAUGUCGAUGGUACCAAAGUCAAACUGUCGUCCAAACUCAUUAAGCUCAUCGAUAGCGAGCGUGUUUCGCAACACGCAGAAGAGAUGAAGAAACGAACCUUAUUGCUCAAAGUACCAAAAGAAACUGUAAGCUCGAAAAAACGGAGACGAGCGACGGGCGACGAUCACUGCGAUUAUCUUAAGAGACAACAGAGACCGGCGAACAGACGAAGAACCGAUCCUGUUGUCGUUAUGUCCACUAUGCUCGAAAGCAUUUUGAACGAAAUGCGAGAUUUGCCGGAUGUUCAACCCUUUUUGUUUCCAGUUAAUGCUAAGGCCGUACCAGAUUAUCACAGAAUCAUUCAAAGGCCUGUUGAUUUGCAAACAAUACGAGAGAACUUACGCCAAAAGAAAUAUCAAAGCAGGGAAGAAUUUCUUGCGGAUGUAAAUCAAAUCGUGGAAAAUUCGACUCUGUACAAUGGCGCCAAAAGCUCUCUAACAGUGGCUGCGAAACGGAUGCUUGAGACUUGUGUUGAAAGGCUCGGCGAACGAGAAGAACGUUUGAUGCGACUGGAAAAAGCAAUAAAUCCUUUGCUCGACGACAACGAUCAAGUGGCACUAACUUUCAUCCUUGACAACGUAAUCAACACGAAAUUAAAGUCUUUGGCCGAAGCUUGGCCUUUCUUAAAACCAGUUAGCAAGAAAUUGGUCAAAGAUUAUUACAAUGUGAUCAAAAGACCGAUGGAUCUUGAGACUAUAUCGAAAAAAAUAGCGGCUCACAAAUAUCACAGUCGGCACGAGUUGAUGAGAGAUGUCGAACAAAUUCUCGAAAAUUGCACCUUGUACAAUGGCAAGGAAUCACCGUUUACAAACAAAGCCGAACAACUGGUGAAGAUUUGUCGAGAUUCUCUGGACGAGUACGAUGAACACAUGACGCAACUGGAAAAUAACAUUGCUUUGGUUCAACAACGUGCAAUGGAGCAAGCUGAUAUGGACACUUCUUGGAUGGGACCCGAAGAAGACAAUUACACGAUAACCGAGCCAGAAUUUCGAGGGAGUCAGACAAGUUCGCCUGACAAUCCAUUCGGAAAAAGUGGCAUGGACGAUUUUGAUUUUGUGGACGUGGAAGGCGACCCGGAAGGCGAAAUGAGCAACCGCACUGCGAAUUCCAAAAAAAAAGAUGUCCUCGAAGAAGAUCUCCAAUUUUCGAGCGAAGACGAGUUCGACGAAGUUCCAUUCGGUGGAGACGACCACAACGAAUUAGACACGUUGGAUUUAGGCGAAAUUCGUGAUUCCGGAGAAGUUCCUGCCGACGAUGACAGUCAACAAGCCGCGGAAGCUAUGGUUCAACUUGGAAACGUUGGUUUUUACGUUGGCGAACAACAAUUGCUUCAUCAAGAUGAAAGUAUGGACGUAGAUCCGAACUACGAUCCUUCGGAUCUGUUGCUAGCAGAUUUAGCGAACAGAGACGAAAAGGAUAUGAACAAAAUACAGGAGGAUUUGGCGGUGUCGGAGAGCGACGAGGAAACCGAAACGGUUCGUAAUGCGGAACAAACGAAUCAGGAACCACAGCAAACGACGCAACCAGAGGAAGAUGUUGGUGGUGAUCUAUGGUUCUGAGUUUUAUCAGUCCUUAUUGUACAGUAUAUUUAUCAAUAUUUUUAUACGAAAAUUACUGCAUAAAGAAUCCGUCGAUAAUUCAAAGGAGUGUAGAAUCGAGAAUUCUUUGUUGCAAUAUAAGUGAUGUAAAUAAGAGUAAAUCGUUGAAUGAACUGGAUCCGCACCUCACACGCUCCAGUCACUUUAUCUCAAAAUUUGAAACGAACGAGAUAAUAAAGAAUAAAGAAACAAAUCAUUGCAACAUGUAACUAUCGUAUGUGCGAAUGUAUAGUUCGUUUACAUUUCAAACCUGGAAUCACAUUCGUCACUUUCGAUACUACGUACGAGGAAAUAUUUGCACUAGAAAAAAUCAAAUAUAAAAAUUAUGUUCGACAA